GUAAAGCGUUUGUGAAUGGGCGUGUCUUUGGUGGAUGAGAGGCGUGGAACGCACUGGGAGAGUGCCUUGGUGUUCCGGGUGCAGGGGGUGUGGCUUGUGAUUGUGUCAGUGACUUGGCUGCUGCACGUUGCCUCUCACCUGGGUCCUUCGCUUUUUGUACAGAGAAUGGAUACCCAGAAUUCAGAAGCUCUUGCCAAUCUUAGUAAAGACACCAUUAUAAAAGAAGAGACACUAGUGAAAGGUAAAUGGGUGCAGCUUCAGGAAACCACGUAUGUUGACCAAGAAGGAAAAACCAGAACGUGGGAAACUGUAAAGAGGACAACAAGAAGAGACGGCAAUGCCGUGGAUGGCGUAGCAAUAAUACCAGUACUACAACGAACGCUCCAUUAUGAAUGCAUGGUGCUCAUCAAACAGUUUAGACCUCCUCUGGGUUGCUACUGUCUGGAAUUUCCUGCAGGCCUUAUAGAUGAAAAUGAAACCGCAGAGCAAGCAGCGCUUCGAGAACUGGAAGAGGAAACUGGUUAUAAAGGAGAAGUCAUGGAGUGCUCCCCAGUGUCUUGUUUAGAUCCUGGACUGUCAAAUUGUACAACGUACAUUGUAACUGUCCACAUUAAUGGGGAUGAUUCUGCAAACGUGAGACCAAAACCCAAGCUUGCGGAAGGAGAGUUUACAGAAACCAUACUGAUGCCUAAAAUAGAAUUUCGAAAGCGUAUAGAAGAGCUGGUUGCAAAUGAAAAACUGGUGGUGGAUGCCAGAGUCUACACUUAUGCCUUGGCCCUGGAGCAUGCUGUGGCUAAACCUUAUGAACUCCCAUUUCUGAAGGGAUAAUAAGUUUACCUGGUUUGGGCACUUAAAUCAUUCUGUUUUAAAAGAGCAGCCUGUCUGAUGUGUUUCUCCAUUACCUGUGUAUAACCCACCUUAGGGUACUUUCACACUAGCGUUAUUCUUUUCCGGUAUUAAAAUUCGGUAAAGGGUCUCAAUACUGGAAAAAAACACUUCCGUUUUGUCCCAAUGCAUUCU